AUGCCGCCGCGAUCCGACUACGAUGCCCUCUCUGAUGUCAGCGACCUUACAGGCGAACGUUCCUCUCCCGAACAACACGAGGACGACGAAGAAGCCAUGGCCUCUGCACCACACACGCCAUCCAGAAAACGUCGUCGUACGAUCCGCACCAUCAUGAACGACGACGAAGAAGACGAGAAUGACGAGCACAACGUUGUAGAUGCUCUGGAAGAUGACGUCGAACCGCUGGACGAUGACGCCGAGGAUGUGGAAGAUGAUGAUGCGGAUGAAUUGGACGACGACGAUGACGACGAUGACGACGAUGAUGAAGAGUACGACGCGCCAUCGACGUCUCGUAGAGGACCGACGAGGCUAUCAGGUCGUAAGUCGACGAGAAGCGAGGCGGAUGCGCCGAAAGCAUCGGCGACGAGGACAUCGACUCGAAGUGCAGCUGCUCCCCCCUCGACGCCUGGCGGAAGCGCGGGUAAAAAGUCACUCCGCGUAAAACUCACACGCACGCCUCAGGCAGCAGCCAAAGAACUCUCGCCCGCACCAAAACCAGGUCGACCAUCGCGAUCCAUCGCCACCGCCACUGCCACCGCCACUGCCACUGCCACUGCAACAGCUUCAGAACCUUCUCCACCACCACAGCGUCGCGCAAAGGACGCGUUCAAGGUGAAAUGGAAGCCGCGUGCCAAGAACGCCAAAGAUUCUGACGACGAUAUCGACGAGCUGCCCCCUGCCCCGGACGAUGAACUCGACGAUCAAGACGAUCAAGACGUCUCUCGUGCGCACACGGCUGUGUCUGGAUCCAACUCGGACGACUCGGCCUCGGAACCUGACGAAGCCGCCGCGCUCGAAAUGCAAGCCAUCAUCGGCAAGACCGCACGCCAGCUCGCGCGCGAAGGCGGAGUAGAACAAUCACACAUGGAACUUCCCAUGUUCGACCCGAACCGCAAGAAGAAGCUCACCGAAAACGAGAUUGCACUGCGUCGAUCCGAGACUGCGCGCAAACGCAAGAAUCAGGUAGAGAAAAAGCUCGAAGACGACAAGGUGGAAACCAUCAAUCGCUUACUCAAAAAGCAGGUGGGCAGGAGUCGAAACAAGCUGCGCGCCGCAAGCGAGGAAGGCUCAGACGAAGAGGCGGAACAGGCCAGAAAGAGGGGCAAAGAGGAGAUGUCCAGGAAGGCGUUAAAGGAGAUGCCAGCUCCAUUCUUCCGAUACAUUGACCGUGCAGACGCCAAAGUACUCGCAGUUCCUACAGGUCCCGUUCUACUAGACGACCUGCUAGGGCCCAAUCACAUCCAAGUCAACACGGCCCUGAUCGAGCAGCUUGCUACACCCAUCAACACUGAUGCGCUCCCGGCCCACCAACACGCACACGCCCAACGCGCCAGAAACAGACUCGAGCAACAGGCAGAGCGAUGGAAGCAAGAUCACGCGCUCGAUCAAAUCUGGGGCCCAGAAGGCCUCUACGAAUACAAGCUCCGCACCGUGCUAGGUCAGUCAAGAAAAGACUGGAUCGCAUCCAGACGUCCACCUACACCUCAACCCCAACUCCACCCCGAACAGAACCACUCCCCAGCCGAGGUCCAAGUCGAAACCAAACACGAGCACCACGCAGAUGACCAACAAGACCAAACUCAUUACCAGUCCUGA